AUGCGACACAGACAUCUCGCUUGUAUGUUGGCGCUUGCUCCAUUCUGUGCUUCUCUCAGGCACGAGUCUCUUCAUAAUUCUCCAAAGGACUAUGUACAACUAGAAGCGGCGCCUCAGGAUGAACUAUUGUCCUUGAGAAUUCAUCUGGCGGAGCUGGAAAAGCCAUAUCUCAAGGUGGCCCAAGAAGUAUCAGAUCCCGAGUCCAAUCAAUAUGGCCGGUUUUUAGGAGCUCAUGAGUUGCGAGCUAUUGUGCCUGACAAAGGUUUCAUUUCGGCAAAGGUAACCGGUUGGCUUGAAGACGAGGGCUUAUCCAAUUACACUACGAGUCCCGAUUACGUCGAUGUCAUAACAGCCAUUGCUGACUGGAAUCGGGUCUUGAACACUACAUUUUACCACUUCCAACACAAGGCCACUGGUCGGACUAUGAUUCGCACAACUCAGUAUAGCAUUCCGAGCACACAAAAGGGCGUGAUCAGCUAUAUAUAUCCUACAGUACAGUUCUUUCGAUCAGCACCGGCUCCAAAAACGAUUCAAGCAAGACAGCGUGUACCCACUGGGCCUAGUAAUUGCUCCAACAGCGUCUGUCCAUCUCAGCUGCGCACGCAAUAUAAUAUUCAUUACAGCCCAGCUGACGGUAAAUCGGGUAGCACAAUUGCUAUAGCUGGAUUUCUGAACAACUUUCCCAAUAUCACCGACAUCAAAGCCUUCUUGACAAAAUAUGAUAAGAGAAAUCCGAAACUCAUCCCUUCAAUCAAUGUCGCAUCCAUCAACAAGGGUACCCUGAAACCUCCGGCUGGUGGCGGUUCGCUCACGGUCGAGGCUGAACUUGACCUUGACUACGCAAUGGCUUUCACUGGUCCGCUCCCCGUCACUUUCUACUCGGUAGGCGGCCAUGGGCCUAAGAUCGGGCAAGCUCCGAAUGCACCUGUCUCACCAGACAGCAAUGAGCCUUAUGCCGAGUUUUUUGACUAUGUGCUCGGUUUGGAAAACCCACCUAAGGUCAUUUCUAUAUCUUACAACGACGAUGAGAAGGAUGUACCAGUUGCGUAUGCGAAACACGUUUGCGAUCUUUUUGCAAAAGCUGCUACCCGUGGGAUUUCCAUCAUCGGAUCUUCUGGAGACGGAGGAGCAGCAGGAACAGACGGAAAUACAUGUCUUGGAGUGUCCGGCAAAAAGAGACUCUUUGUACCCUCAUUCCCAUCGAGCUGUCCUUGGAUGACUUCUGUUGGUGCUACGGCGGAGUAUGGCGGUGCAGCUUCGUAUAGCUGGGUGCACAAGGGCUUUUACAACGCCAGCGGCCGUGCGCAACCAGACAUCAGUCUUCUAGGUGAUAAUUACCUGACACUCACCGGAGGCAACCCGUCGACUCAUGACGGCACGAGCGCAUCUGCACCUGUGUUUGCAGCUAUGAUUGCGCUUGUCAACGACAUGCGCAUCCGGGCAAAGAAACCUGCAUUGGGAUUCCUCAAUCGCUGGCUUUAUUCAGCAAAGGCGAGCUCGGUCUUUCGCGAUGUCAAAGAUGGUAGUGAAACAACAGGCUGUGCUGACGGUGACUUUUUUGAGACAAGUUGGGAGGCUCUUGUAGGGUGGGAUGCUGCAACGGGCCUGGGCGAGCCUGAUUUCACGAAACUGGCAGCUUUAUUAAAAUAA